AUGGGCGUUCUACGCUUUCUCCAGGCGGAACUGUCCCAGUCAUUCACUGGGUUGUUCUCUGUUAUCACGGCAUUUGCUUCGCACAGAGAACGAACAAAGGUCAUGUCCGAAGAGGGAACCCAUCAGAAUUCUGUACGAGUUGAUUGUAACACGAAUCAACUUCUCCAAAACACUAUCAUCGCUUUCUGUCUGCAAAUCGCCGAAACCCGCAAACUUGAAGACCGCCUGCACCACAAACACAAGGGUCUAGACAUCCUUCUUGCUCAAAGAAAUCGUCAAGUGGAUGAAAAGGAUGCGCAUAUCCACAACAUACAGACCAAGUUAGCUCAAAGUGGUGAAUGCCUGUCUAGUUUGCUAAGGGCGAAUUCGCGGCUGGUGGAAUGUCUCGAGGAGACAAAUAAACGCGCGGCCUGUGCAGAGCAAAGAGAACGAGAGUGGCGGAGGAAGGCUCAGCAGGCGGCUUUAGCCUUAGAGGAAAGAAUUUCUCAUGACAGAGCUCGGGUUCAGGACUCUCAAAAACCUGAGAGAUCUCGAUUUAAUCAUCGGGUUUGAGUUGACGCCGGGGCUACUAUGUAUCGCCCAACAGCAAUUCAAUCUGGGAUGUGGCUGUCUAUUUUUGGGGAUACUUUAUGUCGACUUUUGCGUCUUUCUAAUUCAAUUCUUUUUUUUUUUUUCUCAAUUUUGUUUAUUAUAUGAAGG